AUGAAAAGCCCGUGCAGUGUCAAAGACGUUCAGAGGCUAGCAGGAAGGCUCAUCGCACUAUCACACUUCCUCGGAGCAUCGGCAGCGAAAGCCCUGCCUUUCUUCAACUUGAUGAGAAAGGGGAUAGCGUUCGAAUGGACCCCGGCGUGCGAGGAAGCAUUCAAUCAUUUCAAAGAGAUCCUUGCAACACCACCUGUACUCGGGAAGCCCGAGGUCGGAGAACCACUCUACCUGUACCUAGCCAUAACGGAGGAAGCGCUGGCAGCGGUUCUGGUGCGGGAAGAAGGAAAUGCUCAACAACCAAUUUUCUUUGUGAGUAGAGCACUGCAAGGAGCGGAACUGAGAUACAGCAAAUUAGAGAAGCUGGCACUGGCACUCCUGACCUCUUCCCGUAGACUACGACAAUACUUCCAAGGCCACCAGGUGGUCGUGAGAACGGACCAGGGAAUUCGUCAGGUGCUCCAAAAACCUGACCUAGCGGGAAGAAUGAUGACUUGGGCCAUUGAACUGUCUCAGUAUGACUUGCGAUAUGAGCCCCGACAUGCAAUUAAGGCGCAAGCAAUGGUAGACUUCCUGGUGGAAGUAACGGGGGAUCCAACCGAGGAAACGGGCACACGCUGGAGGCUUCAUGUGGACGGGGCCUCCAACCAAACGUCCGGAGGUGCUGGGAUCAUUCUGGAAAGCCCUGCAGGGGUCAUAUAUGAACAAUCAAUCAAGUUUGAGUUACCCGUAUCGAACAACCAAGUGGUGUACGAGGCCCUCUUGGGCGGCUUAAUCCUAGCUUGGGAAGUCGGGGCUACGAGGCUGGAAGUGUGUAGUGACUCGCAGGUCAUUACCUCGCAAGUGAAUAGAAGCUACCAAACCAGAGACCCGCUGUUGCAAAAGUACUUGGAGAGGGUUAAAGAGUUGAGCAAACAAUUCGAGGAGGUCACGAUCCAGCACGUUCUGAGGGAGAGGAACACACGGGCAGACCUCCUAUCCAAGCUAGCGAGCACGAAACCGGGAUUCGGCAACCGUACUCUCAUUCAAGGCAUGAUAAAAGAACCAGCAGUCACCCUUCACAUGACAAAGAUAGGCCCCUCUUGGAUGGACCCCAUCACUGAUUUCCUGGAAAACGGCAAACUCCCUGACGACGAGAAGGCAGCUAAAGCGUUGAGAAGGGAGGCGGCCAAAUAUUUGAUCAUACAAGGUCAACUGUUUAAAAAGGGACUCAGCCAGCCCUUACUGAAGUGCCUGCAUCCCGACCAAACGGACUACGUACUCAGAGAGGUCCGCGAGGGGUGCUGUGGUCACCACAUCGGGGGCAAAGCCCUAGCGAGAAAGCUCAUCCGACCUGGGUAUUACUGGCCAUCGAUGAUGAAAGACUCCAAGGAAUUCGUGAAGAAAUGUGUCAGGAAGUUCAUGUGGAGACAGGUGAUAACUCGUUUCGACAUCCCGGAGGUCGUCAUUUCGGAUAAUGGGACGCAAUUCACUGACAAGAAGUUUACGGAAUUCCUCACCGGCCUGGGGAUAAAACAAAAGUUUUCCUCAGUUGAACAUCCCCAGACGAAUGGACAAGUGGAGUCUGCAAACAAAGUCAUCCUACUAGGCCUCAAGAAGCGCUUAGACAACAAGAAAGGCGCAUGGGCCGACGAGCUCGCUUCGGUCCUCUGGUCCUACCGGACAACCGAGCAAAGCUCCACGGGGAAAACCCCCUUUCUCCUAACAUACGGGGUCGACGCGGUGAUACCUGUGGAAAUUGGCGAACCGAGUCCACGACUACUUCUCGCAGGAGUAGACGAAGCAGUGGAAAAGGACCUGGUGGACAAGACCAGAGAGAUGACCCACUUGUCAGAAACAGCACUGAAACAAAGAAUAGCUCUGCGCUACAACACUAAAGUCCUCAGGAGGGAAUUUGAGGAAAGAGACCUUUACCUUCCAUGUUCACGAAUUUGUUUGGCUAACGACUAA